GGCCGGGGCCGUGAGGGGAGGGCGCGGCCAUGGCGCAGCCCCGGGUGCUGCCGCAGAGCAAGGAGACCCUGCUGCAGUCCUACAACAAACGCCUCAAGGACGAUGUCAAAUCCAUCAUGGACAACUUCACCGAGAUCAUCAAGACGGCCAAGAUCGAGGAUGAAACUCAAGUCUCUCGAGCGACCCAGGGUGAACAAGAUAACUACGAGAUGCACGUCAGAGCUGCAAAUAUCGUCCGAGCUGGCGAGUCCCUGAUGAAACUCGUGUCUGACCUGAAGCAGUUCCUGAUCCUCAACGAUUUCCCCUCCGUGAACGAGGCCAUCAACCAGCGCAACCAGCAGCUCAGGAGCCUGCAGGAGGAGUGUGACAAGAAGCUGAUUGCCCUGAGGGAUGAGAUCUCCAUUGACCUGUACGAGCUAGAAGAAGAAUAUUACUCUUCCAGCUACAGUCUGUGUGACAGCAAUGAUCUCCCACUGUGCGAAGCCUACUGGAGACAAGACUUGGCCACGCUGUCCCCCGAGAGCCUCUCGAUGCCUCUGGCAGCCGCCACAGCCGAGCAGAGCGUUGUCACCUCGCAGAGUUCCACCCCUUCGCACCCGCACGUCAACGGGCACGGGGCGGGCCCCGCCGAGCAUUCCUGAGGAGGAUCCGCUGCUGCCGGCCGCGGUUCACCGGGGAUGGCCCCGCCGAGCAUUCCUGAGGAGGAUCCGCUGCUGCCGGCCGCGGUUCACCGGGGAUGGCCCCGCCGAGCAUUCCUGAGGAGGAUCCGCUGCUGCCGGCCGCGGUUCACCGGGGAUGGCCCCGCCGAGCAUUCCUGAGGAGGAUCCGCUGCUGCCGGCCGCGGUUCACCGGGGAUGGCCCCGCCGAGCAUUCCCGAACAAGAUCCGCGGCUCACCCGGGCAUGGCCCCGCGCUGCUGGAAGUCUUCCUCCUGCUGUGCCGUGCUGAGCAAGCCGUUCCUGCUGCCGGGAGGAGGCACUGGAGCAGUGCUGGCACUCCCUGCAUGGCUGCAGUGCUUCCUCCACGCCAGGACCUUGCCAGGAGUGUUGCUGUCCAUAAGAGAUAGAGUUGUGUAGACGCAAAGUGAAUCUCAUUAGAACAAAUUAGAGUCGGGUUUGCUUUAAUGUGAUAGUUAUGUGUAGAGUUCAUUAGAAGUCUUAGAAGUUUGUUUCCAUGUGAGUGUUGGGAGUUGAAUUUCUUUGGGAUAAACUUGAGCCAAAUGUGGGGGCAGUGAGCGUGUUGGGGUUUUUACUCUGCUUCCCAAGGUUAUUGACAUUCUGGCUGCUUUAAAGCUCUCUCAGGAUAGCAUCUGACAACCUCUGGUCUACUGUAAAGAGUCUUAUAAUAUUUUUACACAACAGUCUUCACUGUCAAAAUGCUUUACAAACUUGAACUCUUGAUUUGGAAGGAAGAUCCCAGGAGACCCUUAUGGGAGGACAAUGUUCCCCCCUAGAAGAAGAAAGCAGGGAUCAGACUGAGGGAUCAAUGACACCACUUGCUCAAAGCCACAAAGAGAAGCAGUGUCAUGCUGUAGUCAGUCGAUUCCUUCCCCAGUGUUUACACAGAAAUUCCUGUUGAUACAGUCUGAGCUAACAUGGAGCCACUGUUUGUGCUGGCUUUUGGUUUUGUCUAAUGACAAAAUCUUGAGAGCAGUGAGGAAUACUCGGUUACUCUCAGUUUCCUUCCAAAGAAACACAUUUGGUGCUUGGUCUGCAGCUGUUCAGCAGCUCAGCACAUCUCCUGUCCUUUCCUGUGGGGGUGGCUCUGCCUUGGCUCGAGCUGUGCAGCUGAAAGGGAGAUGCCACUGACCUGAACAGUGGCACCACAGCUCGGUGUCACGGCACCACAGAGCCACCAGGGCGUUCCAACAACUGAGCUGAGCUUCCCCGGCUUUCUGCUGUAACGUCUCAUUUCUUAGGAUGUGAAUUUUUGCUAUUAUUUUUCGGUUUCUUUUUCUUCCAUUCCAUUUAUUUUUGUAACUAGGUGACUUAAUAAAACUGCCUGUUUUGUAUAA